UAUUAUUUUAAUAAAAACCAGCGAAGAUGACACCAAAACAUGAAAAACAAGAAUUUGUAACUGUCUUGGUGCGAGACCCCCGGACGCAGAAAGAAGACUCAUGGCAUUCUUACAUAGACUAUGAGAUAUUUAUUCACACAAACAGUAUCUGCUUUACAAGGAAAACAUCCUGUGUUAGACGACGCUUUCGAGAAUUUGUUUGGCUUCGGCAGAGGCUUCAGAGCAAUGCAGUGCUUAUACAGCUACCUGAACUGCCGUCUAAAACUCCCUUUUUCAAUAUGAACAAUCCUCAUCAUGUGGACCAUCGCAGGCAGGGUCUGCAAGAAUUCCUGGAAAAGAUCCUACAAGAUGCAUUAUUGCUUUCAGACAGUAGGCUUCACCUCUUCUUACAGACUCAGCUGAGCCCAGAAGAUAUGGAGGCUUGUGUAUCUGGACAGACCAAAUACUCUGUUGCUGAUGCAAUUCAUAAGUUCGCCUCUUUGAACAGACGUUUUCCUAUAGAAGAUGAAGAGAGAAAAAAAGGAAAAAACGAUGCAGACUCUGAUACAGAGAGUUCAUCCUCCGGGCUCGGACCUAGUGAUGACAGCAUUUCAUGUGGAUGUAAAGCAAGCCCAGCUUCUGAAGAGUCAUGAAAAAUCAUUCUUGUAUUGCUAUCUUAAGGACAGUACAAAGCAGUUUCUGCUCUGUUUACUGGUUUUGUGUACCACAUAAACACAGCUGGCUGGUAACGUGUACCUAGAAGCUGCAUCAUCAAUACAACCAUAAGUCCUUAAAAAAAUUUAAAACCAGACCUUGAUACUCUUUCUUUGAUUUGUUAUGUAUGUUGAUUCUGGUCUCCACAUUACAGAUUACAUUUAGGUUUUUGUAAUUAUUAAAAUCUCAGUAAUUGGGUAAGUCAUGCU